UGGUCACUCUGUAAGAAGACAUUUUCCAAGAAUCACCAGCUUCUACAUCUAGACUUCACCUCAGAAUGCAGUAUGGAGGUGCUCCCGGCGGGCCUGCAUUUCCCGGACAAACCCAGGACCCGCUGUACGGUUACUUUGCUGCUGUAGCUGGACAGGAUGGGCAGAUAGAUGCUGAUGAGUUGCAGAGAUGUCUGACCCAAUCAGGCAUUGCUGGAGGAUACAAACCUUUUAACUUGGAGACUUGCCGGCUUAUGGUGUCAAUGCUGGAUAGAGACAUGUCUGGCACAAUGGGUUUUAAUGAAUUUAAAGAACUCUGGGCUGUACUGAAUGGCUGGAGACAGCACUUCAUCAGUUUUGACAGCGACAGAAGUGGAACAGUGGAUCCUCAGGAAUUACAGAAGGCCUUCACGACCAUGGGAUUUAGGCUGAGUCCUCAGGCUGUGAACUCAAUUGCAAAGAGGUACAGCACCAAUGGAAAGAUCACCUUUGACGACUACAUCGCCUGCUGUGUCAAACUGAGGGCUCUCACAGACAGCUUUCGAAGACGGGAUACUAGUCAGCAAGGUGUCGUGAACUUCCCAUAUGAUGAUUUUAUUCAGUGUGUCAUGAGUGUUUAAGUCAAGAAGAAGCUGUAUGAAUAUAAUCAACAUUCCUCCUUGGUUUCUCCUUUGCCCUGCCUUGCCUUCAGUAAUACAUGUAAUCUUACUUCCUCUUUUACCCUUAACAGUUUGUUAUAAAGGUUGGUUAUGUUAUAUAUAGCUUAAGCUUUGUGUUUAGUUUU